GGGAAGAGAAUAUAUAUGCAAGCAGGAAGAGCCGCUGGCUGCAUUGUUCCUGUAAUGGAAUGGUAAUUAUGUCUGAGUUUCUAGUACGAAAAUGCUGUGGAUGGAGGAAGAGGCAUUAGGACAAGAAGAAUUCCUUUAUUGUUGUGGGGCUGCUACUCAGCUGCUAAAGUUUGGAUCGGCCGAUUGCUGGCUGAAAGGCAUAUCAAGUAAUUCUUCCAAGGUGUUAUUCCUCAUUAUUCCAGGGAACCCAGGAGUAGUCUGUUACUAUAAACCGUUUAUGCGGAUCUUAUACAAGAUUCUCAACCAGAGGUAUCCCAUUUGGGCUAUAAGCCAUGCGGGCCACUGUGUUCCCCCUGAAGACAUGGAGAUGAUGGAAGAUGUUGAGCUGGAGGAUGUGUUUGGCUUGAAUGGACAAAUAGAGCAUAAAUUAUCGUUCCUGAGGAAACAUGUGCCAAAGGAUGUCAAGUUGGUGCUGAUUGGCCAUUCUAUUGGAUGUUAUAUGAUACUAGAAAUGAUGAAACGUGAACCUAAGUUACAGGUUCUGAAAGCAGUAUUACUUUUUCCAACAAUUGAACGCAUGGCCGAGUCACCACAAGGCAAGCUUAUGACACCAGUACUUUGCAAACUUCGCUUCCUGCUGUAUGUUCCAAUCUACUUCCUUUCUUUUCUGCCAGAAAGCGUCAAGGCCUCGUUGGUGAGGUGGGCGCUGCAGAGUCUACAGUCCCUGGAUGAAAGUACUGUCUCUGCCUCUCUUAACCUCUUCAAUGUGGAUUGUGCAGCUAAUGCCAUGUACAUGGGAAGCCAGGAAAUGAUGUACGUUGUCCAGAGAGAUGAUCCCACUAUAAGACGGUACUUGGACAAGCUUAUCUUUUACUAUGGAUAUAAUGACCACUGGUGUCCAAUCACAUAUUAUGAAGAUAUGAAGAAAAGCUUUCCUGAAGGAACCAUUCAUCUCUGCCAAAAAGGAAUUCGCCAUGCCUUUGUUUUGGAUGCAAAUUUAGAGAUGGCUCAAAUGCUAACAGACUGGUUAUGUACGGAUAUAGCAAAGUUGUUAUAAAGCCUUAGCAUAUGUAUCAUAUAAAAUGUAAGAGCUUUUUGAAUAAUAUAUGUUGCAUUAAUAUACUCUUGUAUGUCUGUUAUGUUUUUAAAAUUGAACAAAAAUAAACUACAUUUUAUAAACAUCUUGUAGGUGGGGGAUAUCCAAUCCCUCUGCACCUCCAUCCGCCAUGACCAGGACCUCCAAGCCCUCGUUUUUCCUCUCCCGACGUCCCCAACAGUACCCUUUCAUGAACAUGCUCAUUCGUUUGGCCUAACUGGUCCUCACCCUCAACAAUUUCUCCUUCGACUCCUCCCACUUCCUCCAGACCAAAGGGGUAGCCUUGGGCCCACGUUUGGGCCCCAGCUAUGCCUGUCUCUUUGUUGGCUACGUAGAACAGUCCAUCUUCCGUAGUUACACCGGCACCACUCCCCACCUCUUCCUCCACUACAUUGAUGACUGCAUUGGUGCCACCUCAUGCUCCUGCGAGGAGGUUGAACAAUUCAUCAACUUCAC